GAUGAUGAUGAUAAUGGGUGGGUAAUGGAUGGGCAAGACAGCUCAAUCCUACACUGCAACACAUCAUCAUCAUCAUAUAUUUAUUAAUAUUCAUUCAUCAUACAUCAUUCAUUCAUUGAAUUCAUAUAUAUCAUCAGUUUCGGUGUUCACAGUUCACACACAUUCACUCACACUGUAAACAACAACAACAACAACAAUCACAAUCUCAAAUCACACAAACAAAAAACAAUGGCUGUUGCUGGUGGGGUCCCGGAAAACCUAAGCAGGGAACAGUAUGUCUACCUCGCCAAGCUAGCGGAGCAGGCGGAGCGCUACGAGGAGAUGGUGGAGUUCAUGCAGAAGCUCGUGGUAGGGUCCACACCCGCGGCGGAGCUCAGCGUGGAGGAGCGCAACCUCCUCUCCGUCGCCUACAAGAACGUCAUCGGCUCCCUCCGUGCGGCGUGGCGGAUCGUCUCGUCGAUUGAGCAGAAGGAGGAGAGUCGGAAGAACGACGACCAUGUGGUUCUUGUGAAGGAUUACAGAUCCAAGGUGGAGGUUGAGCUUUCCAACAUCUGUGCUAGCAUCCUCAACCUUUUGGAUUCCAAUCUCAUCCCUUCUGCUUCUUCCAGUGAAUCCAAAGUUUUCUAUUACAAGAUGAAAGGGGAUUAUCAUAGGUACUUGGCUGAGUUUAGGGUUGGUGAUCAGAGAAAAGCUUCUGCUGAAGAUACUAUGUUGUCUUACAAGGCUGCACAGGACAUUGCUGCUACUGAUCUUCCACCUACUCAUCCUAUAAGAUUGGGUUUGGCACUCAAUUUCUCUGUGUUCUACUAUGAAAUUCUCAACCAGUCUGACAAAGCAUGUGCCAUGGCUAAACAGGCAUUUGAGGAAGCAAUUGCUGAGCUGGACACCUUGGGAGAAGAAUCCUACAAAGACAGCACCCUCAUCAUGCAGCUUUUAAGAGACAACCUGACCCUUUGGACUUCUGAUGUCCAGGACCAGCUAGAUGAGCCCUGAUAUCCCUUAUAAGUUGAUGUGUGGUAUUCUUCCUCUGAAGGAGGUGGGCUUUGAAUGUCAUUUCUUUUGUGCUGAUUAAGAAUCACCCUAGUUUAUAAAUGAUUGGCAAUUUGUGAUAUAAUGUUAAUGAGCAGAAAGACUAGACUCUUUUUUAUGUGUCAUAUGAUUUGGAAAGGAUACUUUAUAAUCCAGUUAAUUAUAUAUGGUUUAAUUUUCCUUUACCUACAA